AUGAAUUGCAGUUGCAUUCAUAUCGGUCAUGCCGAUAGUGGUUGGCAUCGACGUCGACGUAACUCGCGCAAAGGACAAAAGCAGGUCGGCUCAUCAACAUCUGCCGAAAAAGGCACCAAUGUGUCUUUGGCUUUGGCCGUCAGCGCUAGUGGCCAGUCUAUACCGCCAUUCUUCCUCUUUCCCCGAGUCAACAUGAAAGAGAUUUUUAUGACUCAUGCGAGUCAUGGCGCUGUUGGUGUUGCGAACGGUUCUGGUUACAUGAACUCUGACGUAUUCCCUCAAUUCAUGCGUCAUUUCAUCAAGCACACCGGUGCUAAUGCCGAUUCGCCAACCAUGUUGCUGCUGGAUAACCACGGUUCGCAUUUAUCGAUCGAGGCGAUAGAUUUGGCGUUGGAUCAUGGCAUCACGUUGCUGUCUUUUCCGCCGAAAUGCACGCACAAAAUGCAGCCGCUAGAUGUUGCGGUAUUUGCACCAUUUAAAGGCAUAAUGACCGUGAAGCAUGAUGCAUGGAAAAAGUCCAACAUUGGUGUCACUUUCGAUCUGCAUCAUGUGCCGCUCCUUGUCGAUCAGUGCCUCGAUGUUAUGUUAACGCCGAAAACCAUCAAAUCCGGCUUCCGAACAACUGGCAUCUACCCGUUCAACCCGCAAAUUUUCACUGAAGUUGACUUUAUCGCUUCGGAACUGAGCGGCGAAAAUUUGUUCGGUGACGAAGAGAAAGACGCCGACAAUCAACGUCGAGUUCUUGCCUCUGGUGAUGCCAUUGUGACUGCUGCGAAUGAGGAGGUGUCAACGUCGGAGGCAUCGACAAGUGCCCCAGCUUCAACAAUUGUUGCUGCAUCAUCGUCGUUGUCUCUUGUUUCGGCUCCACAGCUCCGUGAUGCAUUGAAAUCGGUUGGCCCGUUGAAAUUGGGCACACCUGCGCCGAAAUCAAAACGUGGCCGCAAGACAAUGGAGUCAACGAUUUUGACAUCGCCUGAGGUUGUCGCAGAUCUGCGUGACAAGGCCGAAAAAAAUCGGCAAAAAUAG